AUUAUGUUUUACAUUUGUUUUAUUUUAUUUUCAGAAAUAUGGAAAAAGAAAGACAGCUCAGUGUUGAUACAUUAAGUGAGCUAAGAAAGAGCCCCAAAAAAAUGAGGUCGCCUUUUGAUUCUCCUAAGAAGGGUCCAACAUUGUCUACCUCGACCUCGAGUUUUGAGGCCGUAGAUCCUCACGACCCUGUCCUCAAUAACCUGGCCUCCACAAUGUUCUCCAAGACAGCGGACUGGGUCUCUGGAGAGCUAGAAUCCACGAUAGAUGAAUAUUAUCUUCUAGAACAAAUGAACCGAGUAACACUUACAAAAUAUUCGGAUAUGCGACAAAUAACAACCAACAUAGAUAAGGGUGUAUCAGAAUUGAAUAAAAAAUAUGAAAAUCUUCUGCCUUACCUGGACCAAAUAGAUCAGAUUGAUGAAAGCAUAUCACGGUUGGAGCAGGCCGCCUACAAACUGGAUGCAUACUCGAAACGUCUAGAAGCAAAGUUUAAAAUCCUUGAAAAAAGAUCGGUUUGAUGUUUUCGCAGAUUUCCUGGGCUCCUGAUUUUUAUUUUCAUUUUCACUCUUUUCACUCAAAAGUUUAGUUAAAUUAACUUCUUUUGCAAUAUUUACAUAAUUUUAUAUUGCCUUACGAAAAUUACGAAAAUGAUAUCAAAGUUGUUAAGACAUUUUAUAUCCAAUUAAUUUUCUAGUCAAGCACUUAAUUCUAUUUGUUUUUAAACUGUGGAGUUUGUGCAAUCACCAAUUUAUAGAACAACGUUAAAUGAAUCUUUUUGCAGUUUUUAUUUGUCUAGAAAAAAGAUUUUCGAAUAUCAAUUUGAUCUUAUUUUUGUCUUUCCUCCAAAAAAAAAUAUUUUAUAUUUUUGUUGUUGAACAUGUUCGGUUAAUUCCCCAUCUUAAUGCUGAUAUUUAAACUAUUAACUAGUAACUACAGUCAUAAUCAGAAAGACCCGAAAUUAAUUGAUAGUUAAUCUGGCGAUUGUACAUAUAUAUAUAUCUCGGGCAGUUUUUAAUACUCAAAAAGUCAGACCACAUUUUUGAAAUGGCAGGACUAAAGCUAUUUUGUAAAUGUUUCAUCUAUCAUAUUUGUUAAAUUUAAUUGUAACGUCCUCUGAUCAAUUGUGAACUAAUUCCGUGUCUUCCUGAUUAUGACUGUAUAAAAUCGUCAAUUCUUUAUUUACACAUGUGACAUGUCAGACAUUAUUUCA